AUGGCUUCCCUCAAAGAACAAUUAGAGACGUUGGCGAACAACUAUACAGCUUGCGAUAUAUCAGAUGCCCUCCUCAAGCUCCAAAAAGUCCCAGAAGGCGGCACCGCACGCGCGGGCUUCCUCGCAGAUCUCACCCCCUUCUCUCCGAUAAUCGGCAGAAACGACCAAGCCAAAAGAGUCGCCGCCCCAGCAACAACAUUCAAGUUCCUUUCCAAAAAGGACAACCCACCCGCAAUUGCAAUCGAGAAUCCCGAGAAACACGGCUUCCCGCCGGGAAAGCACUGGGUCGAUUUCACGGGCGACUUUGCCGCGGCGGACCCGUCUGGUGCCGGUUCGAUUGUGGUGAUUGACCAGCCGAGGGAUCAGUAUUGUGCGGUGACGGGUGGGAUUAUGGCGACGCGGAUGAAAGUGCUUGGGAUUCGGGCGACUGUCGUGAAUGGGCGGGUAAGAGAUUUGAGAGAGUUGCAGGAGACUCAGCUUCCGAUCUGGGCUAGGGGAACAUCGACAGUUGGUACUGGGGCCGAAGCAAAGGCUGUUGUACGGGAUGUCCCAAUUACCAUUGAAGGGGUGACUGUUUCUCCUGGAGAUAUUAUUUUCUGCGAUCCCAUGGAGGGUGUUGUCGCUAUUCCACGCGACUUGCUUGAACCGGUGAUGGAGUUGAUGCCCAAGCUUAUUAGCAUGGAUGAUCAAGCCAAGAACGCUGUCGCACAAGGCAUGACCGUCGCAGAGGCCUUUAAGACAUUUCGGGCCUAG